GUAGAAGACUAGGAGGAGGAGGAGAAAGAGGAGGAGGAAGAAGAUUAGACAACAGAUUUUAUUUACAUGUACUACAUUACUAGAAAGUUGAUAAACUAAAAUAUGAAAGCACUGCUAAACCUUAAGAAUUGUUUGUGAAGUGUCCUGAUAACUUCUUCAAACAGGUCACUUUCCUGUCAAGUAGAAAUGCACAUAAGGGGUGGCAUCCAUUUGGAGAAUGCCUUUCUCCAGGUUGUUUGUAUGCUAUGUAGAUAUUUUCGUUAUGAAUUUUUUUCUUGAAGAUCUUAUUUUAAAUACUAAACUUUAGUCUGGGGAUGAGGCUCAGUGGAGAACACUGGCAUCACUGUACAAGGUGUCCAGUUCAGCCCACAGUGCCAUGAAAAUAAAGAAGCAAAACAAAAGCACCUCCCACCUUUGACCUUCCUCAAACAAUGAGGAUUAGCACUCUGCCUCUUUGUUUGUGAAAAGCUCUCCCUGGCCAUUCUAACAUCUGAUUUUGAGAAGCAAUCUUCCAGGCUACAAAUAAUAAGACUAAAGACCUUUUUGGAAGAGGUUUUAGGGCAACCCAGGGUGAAAAAAUAGAACAACUGGUCCAAUUUAAUGGCCACUUAGGUACAGAACUUGCAGAUCACCAACAAGAUUCAACACUUACAAUCCCAUCUGUAUGGGAAAUGAAUUUUUAAUGUGUUUUAUUGCUACAGGUGGCAACUUGGUAAAAAGCACUGUGUAAUAGCGGAAAUAUUCUAAACACAGUUUUUAUUACCUAAAACAUUACCCAUAGAGCACCAAGUGCAUGGUAGGAUUGAUGACAGGCACCAGAAUUCCAAAAAAAGGUUUCUCUGCUAUAGGAAACAUGUUGCAUAACCAAAUGACUGUUAGAGGUCAGCAUAGCUACAAACCCUCUGUGAACAUCAAUGUUCUUGAGAAGUUCACAGAAGGUUUGUAGCUAAAAAUGUUCGAUCCGCGGGCCUCCGUGCACUCUUCUGGCCAUUCAUAUGCCUACUCUGUGAGUCUUGGGAUCCUGAAUUCCGUGUCCAGUCAGACCAGAAGGAGGCUGAGCUGCUAGGAUGAAGCUCGUGAGAUUUUUGAUGAAAUUGAGUCAUGAAACUGUAACCACUGAAUUGAAGAAUGGAACACAAGUCCAUGGAACAAUCACAGGUGUAGAUGUCAGCAUGAAUACACAUCUUAAAGCUGUGAAAAUGACCCUGAAGAACAGAGAACCUGUACAGUUGGAAACCUUGAGCAUUCAAGGAAAUAACAUUUGGUACUUUAUUCUACCAGACAGCUUACCUCUGGACACAUUACUUGUGGAUGUGGAACCUAAGGUGAAGUCUAAGACAAGGGAAGCUGUUGCAAGAAGAGGUCGAGGCCGAGGUUGAGGAAGAGGACGUGGUCGCGGCAGAGGAAGAGGGGUUCCUAGGCGAUAAUGUCUUUCGAGAUUACUGUUUCAAAGUGAUAAGGAAUUGGGGGAUAGUUUUUGUACAGGUUUUGUUUGUUUGUCAAUUUUUAAUAAACAUUAAGUGUGGGGAAAAAAGAAUGCAAAUGUUCAACUUCUAAUUAAAAAGAAUAAUGAUGUAAUUAGCAAGACACUAUAAAUGCAUAUUUAUAUUGCAAGUGGUAAGGUUUAUGUUGCUGCUGCUGUUGUUUUGAGACAGCAUCUUACUAUGUAGCCCAGGCUGGCCUAGAACUCGCAGUGAUUUCUGCUUCCAAGUGCUGUCAUUACAGACAUGUGCCACCAUGCUUGAUGUAAGUGGUAAAUGUGAAGACAUUUACAGAGACACUACUUGACCAUGGGUCAGACCACAAGAAAAGGAAGACACCUGGGAUCCCUUCUCACAGAUGCUGAUAGUGCCUUGAAUUUCUGAAUUAAAAACUAUUAUUGAGGAAAGAUAGGAAAGAAUUGGACGAGGGCUCUGAAUGAUGAGAAAGUGUGGAACAUAUCAAGCACUCUUCUAGGUUUGGGAUUCAGGAGUCAAGGGGAAGGUAGGAGGAAGACAAGAACAUAGAAGACAAGAAGGAAGGGAGAGGUGUGAAGGGAGAGGUAAAAGGCUCUAGAGAAAAAGGGAGGUUGGGAGGGAAAGGAAGAUGGUAGACGAAAGCGUGGCUGCCGGAUCCACUCACGUGAGAAACAGCGUUUCCUCCCUUUGUGGAGAGCUCUCCUUCCGCCAUCUUCAAGCUAAGGACUUUGUGUUUAAGGAGCGAUAUCCUCUGUUGGGUGCUGCAAUGUUCUAGGCCCUGCUAUAAUAAAUACGGCGUCUCACUAGAACAGAGGCUACCACUGUCCCACCUGGGCCCUUUCAGGAGUCCUUGGCAGCCUUACGAGGCACUUGCCAUGGAAACUCAAAGCUUUCAACCUUGAGCCUGGGUCUUUGUGUAGGAGGGUUUCUCUGCACUCUAACAUGUCCCAAACCUGUAGCCAGGGCAGUGCGGGGCAGGGAAGAAGUGUCCAGGUGUUGAUGACUCGCAGAACUACUGUCGACCCAUGAGUGCCAUUUGGAGAUGUGGACCAUUCGUUGAUUCCUAGCCCUUUGAAGGAAGCAAUGAUGCCUCCGUGAACACAGCCAUUAUUGUUAUUAGUUUUUUGGAAUUGUUAUUGUUAGUGGAACUUGCCUGCCGCACGUCAACAUGGCCUCGCUGUUUCCUGGGGGCCUAUGUCAAACAACCUACUUGUACUCAAAUCUUGUCUUGGAAUCUGAUUUGGGGCAACCUCAAAUAAAGGCAGCAAAUCUCUUAACAACCCAAAGAAAGCAGUAAAAAGCAACUUCUCAUCAUUUUAUACAUGUGCAGAUGGAUACUUGGGAAGAUUAAUUCAGUUGUCUGGAUCAUUUAACUGGUAAAUGCCAAAGCCCGGAUUCAAAUCCAAAUCAAGUGAUCUUAACACUGAGCUACACAGCCAGGCCCAAAUCCCAAGAUGUAAAGUAGGCCUUGUGGAUAUGGUGUGAAAGCCAGAGGCAGUCUGUCUGUCCGUUUGUUUUAAGGUAGCACAAAACUGACUAUUAUUUUCAAAUUCUGACCCUCAUUUUUAUAAAUGCUGCACCAGAGGCGUGUCUGCGAGCUCCGUAUGCCUUUCCUCCUGCCCACUUCAGUCGGCUGAAAACUCAUCUUGUGGUUUCUCCCCUUUGCUGAGAAGGGCGGUCACAGAGAACUGAGAAGCCGAGCAGAUCACUUUUUGCAGGCAGUCAACUUCAAUCACAUUUGGAAAGUGCUUUGACUCACCAAGUAUUCUUAAUCUGUGCCUAUACUGGUCACACACACACACACACACACACACACACACACACACACACACACACACACACACACAUCUCCCAUAACAGUUUCUUGUUUUUGGUUUUGGUUUUUUUUGUUUGCUUUUUGAGUAAUAAUAUGAAAUGAAAGUGAGUGAUGAAAAGAAGUGGAAAAGAAGAAAAAUUACAUCUAAAACUCACUGGCAGCUCAGAAUCUCCUUUCCUUGUCCAUGACCAUGACUCCCAUGCCUCCACAUGGGCAGACAAACACUGGAAGGCAAAUCUGAUCUCAGCUGAUUCACUAAGUGGCUGUGUGAAAUUGAGCAAAUUACCUCACUCCUUGGGGUCUUUGUUGUCCCCUGAGGGGGUGGGGGAGAGUUUCACAUGCAGUUUUUUUUUUCCUAUUUUAGUAUUUCUGUGGGUCUCUCACUCCUGAGAUAGCCAGCAUCGUGGCUGAAGGAGAAUCAGCGUGGCCUCUGGUAUCCCACUUUGCACUCUGUGGGAACUGUGUGAGCUUCCUAAGUUCACACAUUUGUCUUUGCCUUGCCUGCCGCCCAGGAUGUGUUCCCUUCUCCGAGAAAAGUUCAAACCAGUUUUUAAAAUUCUUAAUGACUACAGAAACAAUUGGGCCCUCCUCUGAAUCUCUAAGUAUUUAUUAUCGCACCACUGAUGCAUGUGGCAUUAGCACUUACAGCACAAGAAAACCCUGCAAGAGACUCUACAGUAGGCAUAGACUAUGGUAUUAAUUGCUGGAGAAAUGGUUUGGAGUGCAGUUCUCAACAUGUGGUGGAAAAAUCACGUUGAGACCCGCUAACCUAAGAUUGUGCUCCUUUCUUCCUGAUCAGACCCAUGCUAGCACGCCACACACUGCAGGCUGAGGAUAAUUAGUAUAUAAAUGAAUUCAAAUACCCAUAUACUCG